AUGUCCCUUCUGGUCCACCGAUUAAGGCAAAGGAUAUCAUCCGAUGAUGAGACCGAUGAUGAUGAUGACGAUUACAACAUCAACUGCUCAAGAGAAAUUUUUAGCUUGAGUGAGAACCAUCAGAAUUUCCACAUACCAGCGACACCAGCGACACCACCCGCACCGCCGUUAUCUCAGGAAGCUUGUAGCUCAUCCUCAGUUCAAGAAUCACUUUCCGAUACACCAAGUCCUGCAGCAGCGGAAACCUGGAUCACUCUUGGUGACCCUGAUAUGAAAGUUAAGGUAAAAAGAAGCCUGUACAUUAAAGCGCGAGAUGGCUCCACUGASCGAAAGAAGUUCGCCUUGAACUUGUUGGAACUGCUAUUUACUGCAGACGUACUAAGAUCUUCGACAUUUAUUGGAUCGGAGAGGAAAAAAAGACUCUGCCCGUUGCGCACAAGCGCCUUGAAAGCCACUAUAUUCAAAGAGUUUCCGGCACAAAACGCAGAGGAGAGAGCCACAAGCUGGGCUCGAAUAAAAGAGUCAAUAACAGACAAAUGUCGAAAAAUAAAAGUCGGGAAGCAGACACCGGCCGAUUUCUUUGAGGAAAGUUAGGCCGGUGUCAUGACAUGUGUACGCCUGUGAGACAUCGCAUUCCAAUCGAAUACGAAGUUCUAUGUUUUUUGGUCACGUUUAAAAUUUUACUGCAGAAAAAAGUUCCACUAGGCGUACCUUGCUACCCUCUUUUAUUCUCUACAUUUGUCGACUGAAGUCU